GGUCUCCAUGAUGCACGUCACCACUUUGUGAGUUCGUGCUUGUAAUUGUGAGAAUGCCUUGGUUAUUCUGUGGCUUCCUAUAGAUAUCUCACAAUUAUUGCCGACAUUUUUGUACCAUCAUUAGAAGAUUAGCCGUGCCAUCGCAAGUUUGAGAGCAUGCUGCACACGUCCGAAUCCCGGAAAUGGGCAAAGGAUGUACCAACUUAACGGCGUCGACGGGUUGGUAAGGUAAGGGAGUGUCUGCCCCGACUCCAAAGAACAAUAACCUAAAAAAUAUCAAAACAAAUCCAAGAUUCCCUAUGUUAAGGUCAGUGCUCACAUGUUAAGUUAUCAUUACUGCUCGUUCGUUCCGUCACUGGUUCUUUAAGAGACACGAUGAGUGCGGUGCCGCUUCGCUGAUUCGUUGUUUGCGCGACUAUUUCCUGGUCAAUGCGCGAUUAAGUGCUAUACAGUAGCAUGAUUUCGCCGGGUGCUUUGAUUAUAGUGAACUCUUAUGAUUAUACUGAGCUCAAUAGGAUUAUGGUGGAUUAGAAGGAUUACUCUGAACUCGUAUGAUUAUACUGAUCUCGAUAGGAUUAUGUUGGACAAAAAAGAUUACAAUGAACUCGUAUGAUUGUAAUGAACUUGCAUGAUUAUACUGAGCUUGUAUGAUUAUACCAAACUCGUUUGAUUAUACUGAACUCGUAUGAUUAUACUGAGCUCAUAUGAUUAUACUGAGCUCGCAUGAUUAUACUGAACUCGUAUGAUUAUACUGAACUCGUACGAUUAUACUGAACUCGUAUAAUUAUACUGAACUUGUGUGAUUAUACUGAUCUCGUAAUUAUGUACAGAGUUCUUAGAAUUAUACGAUACUCAUGUAAUUAUAAUGAACUUAAGUGGUUGUAGUUUGGUCUCUAAAACAUUUGAUAUGGAAAGUCGCCUGUUAUGAGUUACUCCGACUACCCCCCCCCCCCUUUUUUUUUUUUUUAAAAAAACCCCUUUAUGAUAUGCACUGCUGGUUUAUACUUAUGUCAAUCUCUAGCUUAACCUUUUAACCUUACAUAAUUAUUUAUUCAGUCCAGAUGACAUCAGUUCGUUUCUUAACCAGUUCAUUAGCCAAAAUAUUUCCACUUCCACUGAGAUCUCCCAUCAUUCCGAACCACAAACUUUCCGAAUUCGAAUACUGAAUCAAAUCUUCGCGAUUGGAUGUUUCUUAUAAACGACUGUUGCCUAAAAGUAAAAAAAGAAGAACUGUGCUCUCUAAACCAGAGGUUCUCAAUCUUUCUAAUGCCGCGACCUUUUAAUUCAGUUCCUUAUAGUUUGGUGACCCCCAACAAUAAAAUUAUCUUCUUUGCUACUUCAUAAAUAUGUGUUUUCCGAUGGUCUUAGGCGACCCUUGUGUAUGAGUCGUUUGACCCCCCAAAAGGGGGUCGCAACCCACAGGCUGAGAACCGCUGCUCUGAACAAAAUCAUAGUAACGAUAACUGACGAUUUAUUUUCUCUUGCGCUUUUGAAAAUUUGGUGAAUCCAUAAAGUCGUGAGUGGAGAAGGUUUUCUGAGCACGUGCAACUUGCAACUUUUCCGGCUGUGUGUCAACACGUACAUAGAUAUGAAGUCAAGAUGAGGAAAUGUCUGAUGAAUCGUCAGAUUUAUUGUUCGGUGAAUCUUAUAUCUUAUCUUGUAAAUAAAUGUUCAAUCGUCUGUUGUUGUUUUGUUUUUACGCUGAUGCUGUCGAGCGGCCUACGAGGCAGCACAUGACAUGCCUUGACUUGAUCUAUGCACAGCGCUCUCUAUCUCUUCAUUCUGUUCAUUCAGCUACUUAAAUGGGAAACGUUUGGAAGUAACCUAACAGCCAAACAAAUCGAAAAUGGGGAAAUUUGAUUACAUGCUAGCGGUCACCAUGGCCAUAUCCCUGGUAAGUAUUUUAGCGGUCACCAUGGCCAUAGCCCUUGUAAGUAUGUUAGUGGUUACCAUGACAAUAUUCUUUGUAAUUAAUAUUCUCUUCAUAAUUCACAUAAAAGGACCGUGAACUUAUAGACAUCAAGUAAUUGUUUGAUUAGGGGAGCCAAAAUUGUAUAAUCAAUUAUCUGUUGGUUUUGUUUUUGGUGAAAAUAUCUAGAUAAGUUGUAUCAUGUUAAUGAAUCCAUAAUUCAAAAUUUAACAAAAGUAAAACGCAAGGGGCCUCUCUUUUGAGAGCUUGAGGCCCAUUAAAAGGCAUCAAACCGUGUAGUUAUUUUUUAAAUCUAGACUUUUUGAAUUGUGUGUAAUUGUUUUUAAUAAUAUUAUUUUAUACAGCAAAAUUCAUAUAUUUUUAUUGUACCUAAUUCCUUUGUUUGUCUUCCAGAUCUGGGGUAUCAUCAUUUUGGCUUUUGGUGCCGUCAUACGCUUCAGCUUCGGUAAGCUCAUCAGCAACUACGUGGCUGGCGUAACUGAGUUAGUUCCAAGCAGUGCGUGCACCAACACACAGGGGCAAAAUAUUUGCCCCAUCGGAUCAAAGAUAGGAGAUGAGAUCGAUGUCGGAGAUUGGUGAGUUACGUCUUCCUGGAUACGAUGUCUGGGGCUCUUGACUGGUUACUGGUGGACGGGGUUGGCUGACAUGAGCCGUGUCGUUAGUCAAUAAAUGUUAGAGGGAUGCUUUAAUGACAGUGUGAAUGUGGAUGGGUGGAUGGGUGGAUGGAGGUUUUAUUAAAGUGGGACAAAUCUGGAUGGGUGGAUGUGUGAUGGAUGGAGGUUUAAUGACCGUGCAACUGUGGAUGGGUGGAUAUGUGGGGAAGAACUUGGUUGCUUUAUCGUGUGUAGACUUUCAUUUUAGAUCUUUACUGUCCUUGUUAAGGCAUAAGACAGUGUUGAUCAGCUAUGUUUGACUGCUUCCCCAGGCCCAUGGUACUCGGAGCGUUUGUCAUUGUCACAGGUGUCUUAGUUACCAUCUUUUCGGUACUUGGCUUUGUAGCCGCCCUCAAGCAUAGCACGCCCCUCAUCAUACUGGUAAAUACUGGCUUCUUUCAAUUUAUUGAUUACAGUAAGAUAUCGAUCAUCUAGACAUAGAUAAUCCAGAGCGUGGGAAAUCCAGAUCCACUAAUGAGAUGUGUUGAUAACGAUGAUUAAAAAAUAACAAACAAGCAAACAAACAAAAAUGUUCAUUAGCGUGUCAUUGUAGAAGUCACGUGGCCAAACGUGACGUCAACACAUCCAUCAUCUGAUUCUUAAAUGCGUUUACACUGACUAUCAGGACCGUGCGAUACGACAGUUAGUCUUGAAAAUCGACGUCUUACUGUAUUUUCUGUAUUUGCUUAUGUAGUCGCCAUCACGCAUAUCAUACCGUUUAAGAAUGUUGGGCUGCCUCAUCCCAUGAUAAAAUAAUCAAUAGAUCUAUACAUUUGGCGAACUGUUACAUAACUUAAUAAUUAUGAAACUAUCUUAUUUCCUUUUCUCACUUCAGUUCAUCGUAUUUUGCCUUAUCGCCACUGGUAUUCAAUUUUACCUGGUUCAGAUUGCUACCACCGAGGAAAUCGCCGUAAGUAGAUCUGAUAGAUAAAUACCAGACGAAGCGAGAUGUAGAACGUUGAUCUUGGGGAGGGCAGCGGGCAAAGAUGGGGUUAAAAGAAGAGCGCAUGCUCAUCCUAUGUGGACGGUCGAGAUAGUGUUGUAUGAGUUGGAUGGACAGUUAGAAUUUUAAACUGUUGUACGAUAUAGUUUUUUCACAUGACUUCGUCAUGAUCGACGCUGCGAAGGCCCCAAGGAAAUGACGGAGUGAUUUUGGUUCUAAGAUGCAAAAUCACUCGGCCUUGGCGAGAUGUUGUUAUGGAUAAUAGCUUGUUUCCAGUCAGCAGACAGCCACUCUCGCUGCAGCUGGUGAUCCCAAAUGGAACAUGAAAUGGAUGGCACAGUUUAAAAAUUGCCGCUUCACAGGAGCUGUCGGAAAUUUCCAUAGAGUUCAUGUCAUAUCGCCUCAGGGUCUCCAUCUUCAGAUCGUUCUGUUGAUCUUCUGUUGAGCGGAGCUUUGCCAUGGGAGUUUACCUUCUCGACACUUUAUAGUGAUAUUAGAUUACGUCUUCCUGGAUACGAUGUUGGUCCUGAAGUGAUUUUUUUUUCUGUUUUAUAAUUUUUUGCUUCUUAUUUCUGUUUUUAUAACAUCAAUUAUAUAAUAUAUUGACGUUUUUAUAUUUUGGUUACACCCUAGAUUGUCACUAAACUCUUUGCCUUUUACUCUCAACAUUUCAUGCUAAAUCCAAAAAUGUUUUAUUUGACCGAUUCAAAGUUUCACAAUGAUGCCAAGUCCCAACUGAUUGAGAAACUGAAGAAUGAAUACACUGUAGAUGGAAAAAACUUGUUUACCAUAGCUAUGAACAGCAUUAUGAUAACUGUAAGUGUUGUGCAUGCGUCAAUCUGUCUGUAGAAUCUGCAAACUAGUUGAUUUAUUUUGAUUUUAUUUUUGUUUGGGUUGAUUCCAAUAUGGUGUACAAACAUUAAGUUGUGUAUUUACUAUUUUAAAGGACUUUCCUACCAGAAAUUAAAACUCCUUUCAGCAAUAUGGAACAUUUCUUUAAAGAUUUGUCUCAAAGACUACUGGAUUUGAUUGAUAAUAAUUGAAAGAUUUGUCUCAAAUGACUACUGGAUUUGAAUGAUGAUAAUUGAAAGAUCUUUGUUGAUCGCCAAGAUCUAAACAAACAAAACCACACCUAAUAAUUCCAUAACAACCAGAUGAUAAGGGGAGGAUAGAGGGACGUUAGGAUUAGUGAUGUAGAGCAUUACCUGUAGUGUUAUGAGCAGGGCCGUAUGAAAAUGUUAAGUGGGGGGUGGGGGGGAGCAGCCAAACUGCGUGCCAACAUAAAGGGGGGGGGGGUGGGGCGAACCUAAAUCUAUAUACCUAUAACUGCUAGCAUUUAUAGAGGGGAGGGGCAGUCCUCUUCAAGCAGUUGUUUUCAUUUUUCAUAGAUGUGAUAGGCGGCCUAUUCCACGAUCAAAAAUAAUUUGGCUUAAGUUUAAAAAUUGUUUACAAUUCAGACCCAAUUAAAAAGAACACCACCACCAUAGGGACAAAACAAGUUUAAAUCAAACGGUGGCAUGCGGUGGGGUUGUUUCUUUUGACAAGGUCAGAAUGACAGGACAUCUUUAAUUUUUUUUUUUUUUUUUUUUUUUUUUUGACUGAUUUCGAAAACAACAAUUUAUUAGCCCUAACAGUUAAAAUUAGAAGUAUAGAACACAAUUUCUAUUUAGUAACAACUAUACAUAAAGGAUUUAUAUAAACACAACCAGAAGAUGGUACAUCUCAGUGUCUACUAACAUCUCUUCUGUCCCUCUCCAAUUAAGACUAGAAUGAUCAAGAAAAUCAAUUCAGUUAUGUUUUGCGCCGAAAUGCACCCACGCAUUUUUGCAUUAACUCCGACCUUGGAGGAGGCCCAGGCUUUGGAGCACUGAGUCAAACUAACGUCCUUGACUUGCCAAUCUCUCUAGCAUUAUUUGCUUUUCAGGCAGAAUGUUGUGGAGUGAGCGGCGUGGGAGAUUUCGGAAACUUGACCUUUGUGGAGAAGUCUGGCAUUAAUGAGAACUUGGUUCAAUUCACGGUAGGAAUGAGCUUAACUCUAUCGAUCUUUGAGCUUAACUCUAUCGAUCUUUGAGCUUAACUAUAUCGAUCUUUGAGCUUAACUGGUGCAUCCAAAGAGAUAAAACAUGUGGAAAAGAACUAGUUUUGUGUGGCCUCUUGUUCAUUGAUUGAACUCUUCCACCCUCCGAAAAACCAUACUUCUGAGAAAGACGUUAGAUCUGUAUGUUAUGCAAUGAGGAUUCUUUUUUUUAAAUGGAUAGCUUUUAAAAUUAUUUAACUUUUCUUUUUUUUUUAAAGUAGUAUUAUUGGUUGAAACUUCAUUAUUGAUCCAACUUGAGUUAAUGUCGGGAAUACAGCUCUGUAGGCCUUCAUCUAAGGCAAGCCUGCACAACUCAAAAUGUAAGGAGGGCCGUAACAUUUUAUGAAAAACUUGCGCGGGCCGAAAGAAAAUAGGACAUGGGGGAAAGCUAUUUAGAAAAUAAUAAUAAUAAUAAUAUAGAAGAUUUCAUUACUUCGCGGGCCGCAAAGUGGGUGCUGGCGGGCCGCAUGUGGCCCGCAGGCCGCAUAGGCUUGAUUUAAAGGGUUUCAAGAAGACACGUUACAUUUACACGGAAGCCUCAUAUUUGAUAAGGCCCUGUUCUCGCUCUCCAGGUACCCCCAGCGUGUUGCCCGAGGCAGUUGUUUCUCGAAGGCAGUACAGAGGCAAAGUACACGGCUAUCAAAGAAUGUGCCAGAAGUGGAUUGGAAAAAGCCGAGCCAAAUAAAAGGGUGUGUUGUUGUUGUUAAGGAGUUUUAGGAUUGACCCUACUUUAAAUAUAUUAUUGAAAUAAGCAAUGCUGUCAAAAUAUAUAUUUUUUUUAAUAUUUAAAACCUUCAGACAUCUAGACUACUUAGAACAUAAUUAAAUGAUCAACUGAUGUAAUACAUCUCAAUAAUUGAGGAUGCAUGCGAAAGUUUAGCUUUUUAGUCGUAGUCGCCCUAUAAGAAAGUAACAUUUUAUGUUUGUAUUGGGAGCUAUUGAAUUUAAUAACGUCCUAGGUUCUUUAUUUUUAGUGCAAUGUGAAAACUGAGAACUCCAGAACUUAAAGAAGAUAGUCGACAUAAGCCCUGAACGUAUAGAACAAAACCGACAUUAUGUCGCCAUAACCCCUGAACUUGUAGAGCAUAUUGACAUAUAGACACAGAGCGUCAGUCAAGCCUAAACACAAGGCUAAUGCGAAUGUCCCGUUAAAAAUGUUCACUCUCUUUUUCUAUUUCCUAACACGUUCAAUGUUUGGUUUGUUUUGUUUUCUUAACUUGUGAUAGCAAAACCAAAUCCCACCCCCACCCCCACUAACAAAACAACAACAAAAAUGCGAUUUGCAAAUAUUUACGUGAGGGACAGAUAGAGAAAGUUUCACACUUAGGUCCACCCAGUGGCGUCACUAAGGUGACUGUGGACUGCACCGUGAGACGAGACGGGGCGGUGACACUAAACGGAACAACGCAAAUGUGACUGAAUUCGCUUGAUUCGGUGUCAGAACAAAAAUUAACGACAUUAGAUUUUACCAGAACAGAGUGCCAUCAGACCUGAUCAUAAGAGCGGGGGAAACUCGGAUGAGGUCCAUAACGUAGUCUGGAGGUCCUCGGAGACGUCUGGAAAAGUGUGUGGGGGGGGGGACAAUGGGUGACACCCACCCUAGUGACGCCACUGAUUCCACCAUCAUUGAAUGUACAGACAUGUUCUCUCACAGUAUUUCUUAUCCAUGACUGCUUGUCUUAUAGAGAUGAUCAUGUUUGUCUUACAAUGUCUCCCCAGUCCUGUUAUACCACAGUGUUUACAGACGUCAAUGAAAAGUACGGGGCCGCUGUCAUGGGACUACUGCUCUUCAUCAUCGUCUGGGAGGUACAAAGCUAGCGACCUUUACUGAAUCCAUAAGAGAUCUCUCUCCCAUCCUCCCUUCUGGGGACUGGCUAUUUUAAUUUUGUAAACCCCCCCCCCCCCAAAAAAAAAAAACUCUCACUGCGAUAAUGAUGGUGUGGGGCACAUUUUUAAAUGUUUAUCUCCCUUAAUCUCUGUCAGGGGCCAUGUGAUAAGGGAUCAAAUUUUAGUGUUGAGGUGGGGGACGUUUAAUGAAGUAAUGUUAAGUAUUGAUGGUCAUCUUAUAAUAAAGUAAUGUUAAGUAUUGAUGGUCAUCUUAUAAUGAAGUAAUGUUAAGUAUUGAUGGUCAUCUUGGAGUCGUCAUUUAGAAUUUUUGAUGGAAUUGCAGGGAGAGAAGAGCAGGUAAGGGAAAUAACACAAGUCGUAACCUUAUCAGACGGUAAUCAUCGAAAAUAUUUUUUUUAAAGUGGGGGUGGGAGGGUGGAUUUUGUGAGACUGACGUCUUUUUAUGACCGCAGGGUCCAAUAGAGCGACAAGGGCAAACACUAAGUACUACCUACAAAGUACAAAAGAAAAAGUAUUAUUACUGUUCAUUGUGUCAGUAUACAAAAAGCUACAAAAAGGUCAAACAAGACUUUUUACUUUCAGUCAGGAUAUUGAACAAGAGGUUGUGGGUAAGGGUGUGGAUAAUGUAUUCGAUGCAGAGUCAUACCUUCAAUAAAUGCUUCCCAUGGCUAAUUUCCAAAAUGGAGCACCCCCCCCCCCACAACCCAAAAGUGCAGCCCGGGGCUGUAACCACCCCCGCACCCCUUAGUUACUUCACAUUAUGGGAGGCAAAGGGUUCAGGUUUUUAUUUGGACGUUUCGUUGUUUUUUUUACUUUUCGACCUUUAUUUGACGUGUUCAUUUCUUCUCAUAUGUUUAGACAACUUCAUCGUAACAUACAUUUUUUUUUUUACCAUUGAUAUAUCCCUUAUUCUAAAGCUGAUAUUUUAAUGUACGCCUUGUUGCUUUACCCAGAUGUUGCAAAUUGUGCUCGGGGUGUUGGUGAAAUUCACUCCGCCACCGAAAGAGGAGAGGAAAUCAGCCGUGGAACAUAGAGGCAGCACCGUGCCGCGUGACAGUAUAGCACAGCCGAAGAUCAAGAAAUUCGUACCUUUCUCAAAAGUCAGCUCCUUUACGGCCGCCGACAUAGGUCGUAUCAAGUCAACGGAGAUUUGGUAGUAAGUAUUGGGGCGGGGCGUGGCGUGACGUCGGAUGGGAAAAAUGCCCCAGAGAAACAAUUGUUCGGUCAUUACCGAAAUACCCAAUGUUUGUCAUGUUAUACAAUUCUAUGAUUAUGAUAAUCUCUUAAAACGGGAUGAUCCUAUCUAAUCUGAUUAUAGCCAAAGCUUACUAAAGAAAUAUAUAUAUAUAUAUAUUUUUGUUUUUUGUUUUGCUUACUUGAUUAUAAAACUUAAAACAGUCUAAUUAAUAUUGAACACAGUUUUUAUUUUAUUUUUAUGAGACGUUGGAAUAUUCACGUCAUCGCAAUUGAUGCUUUGAUAUCAUUGAUCGAUGUGACGCUCUUCCCUUCUGAUGACAUGAUUGAAUAACUAUAGACAGUUUUAUAUAACCAGUUACUAUUUUAAGUUUCCUUCAUCCUACAGGAUAAUCCAAAGAGUCCCCCAAGAACUGCACUCGCUGUGAAUCUCAUUUGAACUUGUAUUUGGUCGGCACUGUUUGCCCGUACCUGGCCAAAAGUCAUCAACCCAACAAAGGAAACGAGUUUCAACCAAAGUUAAUCUGGGCCUACGAGGGGGAAAAAGCAAUCAAUUUUGUAUUCACUAUUUUUGCUAAUGACAUCAUUCUUUCUAGGAAAAGGUGUUUUAUAAUUUACUGUCACAAGUAUUGAAACAUCACCUUGCCAAGUUCCCUCCUGAAUUUAUGAAGUAACAACGAACAUUUCAACAAGGAUUGCCAAGCUGUACAAAACAAAAAAGUGAAUGUUUUUUUUCUUCCUGCUAUGCAUUUUAUGAUGCAAAAAAUAUAAUUUAAAACAUAGAAAAAUUGUAAAAUUUUAAAAACGUAUGCUAAAGACGGCAUAAAAUAGAACCAAAAAAAUUACAAAUGCAAAAUAAUCAGCAUAUAAUUAAUUUUUUGUUUUUGUUUUGCAAUGUAUUCAUUAAUAAAAUUUGUGUGAUCAAAUCUUUUGUUUUGAUCGAUGAAACAAAGCCAAUAUUUUUUUUUCACAAUGUAACAUUAUGUCAUUGAUUGAAGAAGGUACAAUUGCAAGAGGGCAUUUGUUGUAUUACAUCUAAAGAUGACGAUGGUCUAGCGCCUUUGAAACCAUGGGGUGGCAGUAUUACCCAAAGAAAACAAAAUUGAGGAAAAUAAAUUUCAGCAAGUAAAUAUCUUAAA